UCCAAGCUCCGACCACGACCCGCUCUCCAGCGCGCCGCCGCGCCGCCGCGCCGCCGACAAGGGAGAGGAGAGGAGAGGAGAUGCCGCCGAAGAAGAGAAAUCGGGAGGAAGGGGAGCACCAAGACCUAGACAAAGAAGCCAAAGGUACGUCCGGAGGGGGCUUCGAUGCCCGCGCGGUGUCCUUCCUGUUCGGCCAUGCCACUGACUCGGAGCCGGCGCCGGAGCCCGCUUGCCCUCCAUCCCCCUCCUCCUCCUCCUCCUCCGACGAGAACAAGUCGGACGACGACGACGAUUUCAGCGCGGAGGGCUUGAGGGCGAGGGACGCUGCGCUCAGCGUGUCCAGUUCCGUCGUGUCCAUCGCCGCCUCCACUGAUGGGGAUGCUCCGAACACCUUCGCCUGCACGGGCACGGUGGUCGCUCAUGAGGCCUCUUCCACCUGGAUCAUAACCUCUGCAGCUCUCAUCAGGAAGCCCGAAAGCGACACCGAGGUGCACGAACCUCACGCCGUCAAGAUCGAGGUGCUCCUGAAUAACAAGAAGGUUGUCAAGGGGCGGUUGCUCAUGUACGACUUGCUGUAUAAUGUCGCCAUUGUUUCCAUUGCGCGAGCCAAUCUCCCCGCGGUCAUACUCGACGACCUCCCGGACACUUAUUUCUUGACGCCUGGUCCGGUGGUUGCUGUUGCCAGGAAAUUUGAGACUGGGAGGCUGCAGAUGAAAUGCGGGGAAACGCUCCGUGCAGUUUGCGAGUUAGAUUGCGAUGAACUCAUGCUCAGCACUUGCCAAAUUGAGCAGAAUUUUUUCAUUGGGGGCCUUCUGGUGGAUUUAGAGAAAAGGAUUCUUGGGAUGAAUUUCAUAGACGAGAGAACCACCCCCUUCUUGCCAGUUCAGAUUGUUGGGAGAUGCCUUAGACACUUCAAAGCAUAUGGGGAAAUCAAGCAACCUUGGCUUGGAAUAAGGGGUCGUUCCCUUCACUUGAUGGAAUCAGCCAGACUGGAGGAAAUAUGCCAUAACUUCCCUAAGCCACCUUCUGGAGUAUUUGUGGACAUGAUUCCUGAAGCAACAUCUGCAAAUUGUGGGGGCGUCGAGGUUGGUGAUAUCCUUAAUCAACUUGAUGGAGUUGUUUUGCACUCUACAGCACAGCUUACUUCGAUGCUCCUGGACAAAAUGGAGGUUGUGAUGCAUGAGCGCAGACCGGUCAUCCUCAAGGCACUCAUCCAGAGACCCAAUGACGGGGCAACGGUUGCUGCAGAGUUGAUAGUAGCCGAGCGUCCCCCCGGCGAAUGUCAUACGUUAUUGAACAACAGGUGGAGACUGCCCCCGCCAACAGUGUAUUAUUGGGGCCACCCGGAUAUAUGUGAUUGGGUUGAUGACGACUCUGACUGAUUUUCAGCAGCAGGUGUAGGUUGUUUUACUUCGUUUCAUCGCUGUGCAACAGCUCGGUUGACCCUGACAAAUUCAGCAACAACUCCCAGGCUGAAGAGUUUUGUUCUGAGUAGUAAGUACGAGAAAGAACGGAUCGAGUUAAGAUAAGCUUACUGAAUUAUAUAUGGGCUCGCCUAAGAUAUACCCUCACGCUAGCUUACUGAGUUGCUCGUUGACUUCUAUUUUAGUUUUCUUUUAUGAAAUGCACUAGACGUCCCUAAACUAAUCCGGGCAGAAUUUCUACUAGAAAUGACGAAUGCUUAAGAAAUGUAUGGUUUGUUGAACUUUUGAAAAUUGACAUUCAAGUUCUUCUA